UCCUACAUGUCUGGUUCCAUGUUGUGCUUCCUAUGCAUACAAUUGCUGGACACAUCAUUGGCAUCUAGUCAGUAUAUAUGGAAUAAAUUCAUGGACUUUGAUAGUCAUGUUACCACUCCAUACCUUACUUUCACAUUUUGUAAAAUAAAAAUAAAAAUUCUACACAUAGCCUUGUAAGAAUUACAUGAGACAGUUCUGUCUAAUCCUAGCAUAUUGUAUAAUACAUUAUUGGUAUUGAGUAGGAGCUGGUUACCUGCUCUGACUCUUCUUGUAUUCCUUACCUACAAAUGUAAUGCACAUAGAAGACAGUAACUCCUCAACUAACAAUAUAAUUGUUUUGUCUUUUGUCUUAUUUUGUCAUUAGUCUUGAUGAAUCUUUCAAAAUAAUUUCAACCAGUAUUUCUUUUAUCUCUCCCAGCCCUUCAUUCUCAUACCUGCUUCCUCAUUUCUUUCCCUCCACCUUUAACCAUGACUGAAAUUAAAAUGAAAAUUCUAUGAAGAGUCUUCAUAUCAUUUUUCUGCCCUCAUGUCCUAAGCAGAUUGUAUGUUGAACAAUCAAAAUAGAAAUAUUACUGGCAAAAUUUAUCUGAGGAACUUGAUUUAAUUCUUUCCAGGCUUGUUGCAAAGCAAACUACCUAAGUACAUUAGCUGGCAGGUGUUCUGGAGGUUUGCUAAAAACACAAAAAUUGAUCAGAAUACACCAUUCCGGAAUGAGCCAGCAUCUUCAAAAUUAUAUUAAAUUUAAGUUAGUCCAUUUUAUUAUAUUAGACACUUCAAAAAGAUGUUCAAAGAACUUCAAAGAGACAUUAAGAACUUAAAAAUUAAUGAUAUGUCUUAAGAACUAUUGUAAUAAGAAAAAUUGAUGUUGUAUGUCUCAACCUUUAAUUAUUACCACAUAUAGAAACCCAGAAUAUACAACAUGUUAAAUUGAUUUGUCUGCUCUACUUGUUGACACAAAUGUCACCCUCAGAACCACUACUCUGUGGAGAGCACUGAUGAAGAUAGGAUUGCAUUGAAAGAAAUGUGAAUGUUAUUUUGGAAAUAUUCGCUGAUCUCUCAGAAUUUUCUAAGUGUUUUAGUAAUUUUAAAUGAUGGAAUUAUUUUAUUCAUUCAAUCAACAGUUUAUUUUAAGCACCCCUGAGUGCUAGGGUACCACUAAAUCACAAAAAGCAUUUGACAAAUAUAACAUCUCAAAAUCCAGUAAGUGAGAUCAAAAAACUUUCAUUCAUUAUUUUGUGUCUUCCUUGCAGAUCCAGAAUGGAGAAAAGAGAGAUAAACAGUGCUUUUGGGGUAAAAUCCAGGUAUAGGUAUUUGGGCCCACUCAUCUACACAGAUUAUCAUAUUAGAAUCAUUCUUCUCUUAACUCAGGCUCCUGACCUUGACCUCUUUCCAAGUGCAUUUAACUCCCUUUCCUCGGGUUCUCUAAGAGUUGCCUGACACUUGCUCAGGUCCCCUGAAUAAAAUAAAGGUAAAUCAGUGCAUAAGGAGCUUUAUACAGUGAUCUCAGACUUGUGACCAACAGCACCUCUGCACCAUUGAUAGACAGUGGUCGUGCUCACCAGGAGGAUGGGCAAUCACACUGCAGUGAGCAUAUUCAUUCUGUGGGGAUUUUCCAGUUUUUCAGACCUGCAGAGUCUACUUUUUGUGGUGAUUCUCUUCUCCCAUAUGACCAUCCUAACUGCAAAUGUGUCCAUAAUGGGGGCCAUCAAGUUCAGCCACAACCUUCACACUCCCAUGUACUUUUUCCUCUGUGGCCUGUCCUUUUCAGAAACCUGUACCACUGUGGUAGUCAUGCCUCGCAUGUUGGUGGACUUGCUGUCAGAGAGCAAGACCAUUUCUCUUCCUGAGUGUGCCACACUGAUGUUUUUCUUUCUGGGCUUUGCAUCCAACAACUGUUUCAUCAUGGCCGCUAUGUCCUAUGUCCGCUACACGGCCAUCCACAACCCACUGCAGUACCACCCCCUUAUGACAAGAAAGAUCUGCUUGCAGAAGAUGAUGGCUUCUUGGAUGGUUGGGUUCCUGCUUUCUCUGUGCAUCACCAUCACUGUAUUCAACUUGUCUUUUUGCGACUUGAACACUAUCUGGCACUAUUUCUUACCAGUGGUCUCCCUUGCUUGUAAUUACACUUCCGAUUAUGAAAUGGCUAUUUUUGCACUCUCUGCCUGUGUGUUGAUGGGCAGCUUUAUUUUAAUUAUGAUUUCCUAUGUCUUCAUUGUGUUCAUAGUCACAAAGAUGCCCUCUGCAAAGAGGAGGUUUAAGGCCUUCUCAACUUGCUCCUCCCACCUCACUGCUGUGUCCAUACACUAUGGAUUUGCUUGCUUUGUCUAUUUGAGGCCCAAGAACAGCAACUCCUUCCAUGAAGACAUGCUGACGGCCGUGACAUACACAAUACUGACGCCUCUGCUUAACCCCAUCGUGUACGGUCUGAGAAAUAAAGAAAUGCAGAUAGCCCUAAGAAAAACGCUAGGCAAUGUAAUUGGGGUUUUCCCUCAGAAGACAAAAAAUGAGCCCUGACCAUUUAAAAAAAUUACAUAGCCUUGAUAAAUAAAGGUGGGAAAAGUGGAGUACUUCCAAUUAAUAUCACUUUGUGCACAAACUGGUUAAAGUAUUGUCUAACUGCCUAAUAUGUCUUGGUCUCACCAUUUUCCUACUACAGAGAGGGUGCAGUUUUAAAAUAUUUUUAAAUGUUGUGUGUGUUUGUGUGUGUGUGAGUGUGUGUGUAUGUACACAUAUUCAUUCAGGGAACGUAUUGCUUUGGAACACUGUAUUUUAAUGAUAGCAGUUGCUUUUUGGGAAGAAAAAAAUUAUGAUACUAAAGAAAGAAGGACAGCAAGGAAGAAAGAAAGAAUGUAAGGAAGGGAGGG